CAGCUAGUGUAGUUGUUUGUAUUGAUUAACAUUAAAAAAACUAUUUUUUUAAAAUACAUUCAAAUGUAUUUAUAAGAAACUGAAGCCGUAAUUAAUUAUCAACAAAAGUGGAAAGCAGAAGAAAAAUGAAUCGGAUAUCAGAAAUGCUGACGAAACUAAUAAAAGGGCCUGACGAAAAUAACCCAGAUGAUCCCCUAUGGAGCCGACUUCCCACCACUGCUCUGUUAUGCAUAUAUCAAAACUUGGGCGAUCUCGACAGGCUAUCGAUGGCAAGGGUAAUGAGAUUUAUUUAAAUAAUAUGGCUAUGCUACUAUAUUAUUAUUAAAUCAUAAAAUAGAAAUCGUCAAGUACAGUGCGCGUAGCGUGGAUAGAUGCAGGGUUGGUGGGAAGAUUAUGGAUCUACUCCAACUGCAAUAAUUCAGUCGGUCGCUUGCAUUGCUUUAUGUUGAUGAAUAAUUUUAUAGAAUUGUAAGACCAAGUCGAAUUUCGACAUGUUUUAUUCCGAGGCAUUGAAAAGGAUACUGAAAAGGUUUAACACGGUUCCGCAUGAAUGGAUAUUUACGGGGCUCGAUGUUGAGAUCGUGCAUGCAAACGUUAGAAAGAAGCACUCUCAUGGUUUAAGUCAUUAUAAAUGACGUGAGCAACGACAACUCGGAAAAAAGAAGAAAGAUUAUCAGGCGUUGCGUCACAAAAGAAUACAUUGCUAAAUGCAAUCAACAAGCGAACACUUUAAUAAAAUCCAGGACUGUCAAGCCACAAGCAAGGAAACUAGCCACUAUUGUCUGUAUCAAAAAUAAUCCCUUGGAAGAUCACUUUAGAACACGAUGAUACUACUAAAGUUUACGCUAAAAUUAAUGUCCACAGAAAGCCGGACCCGCAUGGACAUUGAAAUGAGAGCACAAAAGAUUGAUACAUCAGAUGGGAGUUGUGGAUCCCUAAAUAAACAAAAACUGACGGCAUUCAACAGUUGUACACGGUCGGCCCCAAAUCUUAAUUAUUUGAGGUCAGGGUGGCAAGCAGGCCCUAUAUUAAAAGCUAAUCUUUGCAUAGCCACCUGAUGCAUCGUUUUACCAGUUUCUUUGCCGGGAGGGUAGAGAGCGUGAGUUCAGACCUCACUAACAUAAAAAUAAAUGUAGAUUGACUAGCCGAUGGAUAAGGGUAUGAAUGAGAUGUUGGGUGGGUGAAAAAACUUAAUGAUUGGUGUAAGGGUGAGUGAAUGAAUGAGAGGUUAGAUCUGUAAAUAAUCUUAUUGUUGGAGGUUAGGAUGGGGGAAUGCAUUCAUUAAUUAAUAAUAAAUUAAAACAUUAUUAUUUUUGUUCCUUUGCAGUGUUUGAAGUCGACUUCUGAGUAUAUGUGGCUUCAGAAAAAAACAAAUAAUAAAAUAAAAUAAAAUUUAUUUGUCAUUGUUUUGGGGUAACCAUGACAUUAAUGCUAAAUACUAUUCAAGUAAUUAUAAAUGAACUUCUACUUUCAAAUACUUUUUUCUACUACUUUAUGAGCCGACUCUGAAAUUCUGACAUAAAUAAUUUGUUUUUAAAUUUGCAAAUCAAAAAAAAAAAAAAAAUAUUUAUCAGUUCCUGCCACUGAAAGACCCACUUAUAUAACCACGCCUAUAAAUCACAUAUUUAUUUUUCUGGCUAAGGUUUGUAAGCCCUGGUACCAAAGCUUCCAUGUUCCAGCACUGUGGAGAUAUAGACUUAUUGAGUUCGGCGAAACAAGAUCAAAAAGAGAAAUCAAAGAGGAUGCUUUAUUUAAGUCUAAAAGGGCAUUAACAAACUCUUACGGUACUGUGACGUAGCUACUUUAUACUUUUUACAAUAGGAUACUGUGUAAAACUAAUAUUACGGUACACCUAUCAAUACUGUUAAAUCUCUUUAAACAUACAGUAACAAAAAAAAAAUAAAAAAAAUAAAACUCCUUCUGGUCAAGGUAACAUGCAGGUUAAUCCAAUUUAGUUGUACAAAUGGCAUUAUUUAAUUAAUAACAUACCUUAAAAUUGAAUUUUAGUACAACUAAAAUAUUGGCCAAACCAACAUAAAUUCUACUAUAACAAAUAACAUACUGGUAGACUGUGAGCAGUGACAUGCCCCAAAAGUCGUCAAAUGUUGCACCUCGUUACGGUAAUUAAUUUAUGGUGUAAAGACCACUUUCAUUUUCUUCAAUGGUUAUCCCUGACCUUGCACAAUCUGUCCUUAUGCCAUGUUUGUUCAUCACACAAUCCUAACUUAUUUUUCGGUAGGAAAGUACGCAAUCGAAUUCGCCAAGCGUUUCCCGACCUCACUUCAAGACAUUGAAAUAGAGUUCCUACCACUCCGUGGGCGAGAUGGGAGAGAAAUCGUCAACGACUUCAAAGAGUUCUCAGCUUGUUUGGAUAACUCCAAACUUAGAAGUAUUUCUAUUUUAUCUCUAGUUCAUCUUUCAUCUCUAGAUACGUUCGUAGGGCAGCUGCGAAUAGAUUUGAUAUACUCUCUAAAGACAUUACUACAAAAACAGCACUGUCUGAAGGUAAAUAUAGAUUUAUAUACAUACAAUCUGUUAAAUAUCUUGAAGAUGGCGCCAUGUUCCAUGGACAAAUGGGACAGGCAUUAGGAUCGGAGAAAGCGCCUGUCCAUUUAGUCAAUGGCUCUUGUAGCGAUGUGGUUUGAGUGUUUUCUUAGUGUGCUCCAUGCAUCCCGGUUGCAAUUUCAUUACAAAUAAUAAACAAUAUAUGUUAAAUAAAAUAUGUUAUUUUCUGUCGUACGUUAAGUAUAUUUAUGUUCAUAUAAUGAGUCUGCGAAACAAUAUAUUAAUUAAGAAGUAAACUUUUUUUUUUCCUUUUUUCCCGUAUUUUAUUCUUUUUUUUUUUUUAAAAUUUAGUUUCAGAAAAAUGCAAAUGUUUUUCAAUAGUUCGUUACAUCUUUUCUAAUUCCAUUCAUGUCGUAAUGCAUUUUUAUGACCUUAUAUUAUUUGUUAAAAUAGAAAGUUCGAAUAUGUUCCUCACACUUUGACCUUGAGAGUGGUCUACAAUUUCUACAAUGUUUAGCCGAUGCCUCUGCAGCUACUAUUAAAGAACUUUUCAUGUAUGGCUUAUUUCAAAGAGGAACGCCUAUUUUCGGAGAGGGGCGGAUACUAACAGAAUUACAGGUCAGUGUCACGUCACUUUGAUAUCACGAUUCACUUGAUGUUUUCGUUUCGCUAUCAUUUAUAUCUACAAAAAUGUGCAGAAUUAACAUCACGAUGGCUUAUAUUAUAUUGGUUGUCUUAUUAUUGUAUUAUAAUAAUAUUAAAGGUUUAUUGUAUUAUAAUAAUAAUAAAAGUUAUUUGAAAUGCACUCUUCAUUGCCAAAGGCUCGCAGCUCGGUACAUAGCCUGGUAUAUUAAAAUAGAAAUGAAACAAUCUAUAAUAUACCGCAUUGAACUACAAAAUGUGACAUUACAAAAACUAUAUACGAGAAUACCCUCUCUAAGGCGUUCAUACCUUGCAACCAUAAACAAUACAGGCCAAUACACAUCUACAAGAUAAUAGCUAGAUAGACAACAUCAGCACGUUUUUGCGAAAAAGAUGUCUUCAAAUCAGUUUUGACUUGGCUAACAUGUUAUUUUUUGUAGGUUAUCUUGGUAUUUGAAAACUGUAACACCGAAUGUUAAUUAAUAUAUAUAUAUAUAUAUAUAUAUAUUAUAUAUAUAUAUAUAUAUAUAUAUAUAUUAAAAUAAUAGAAUCGAGGUUCUCAAUGGUAAUUGAAUAUAUUUUAAUUCGGUGUCAUGCACAACAGUCUUUUAACUUGAGCGUUAUGACCAGGCAAAGCUCCCUAAAACCUGUCACAUCAUAAACUUAAUAUCAAAUAAUUUUGUCCCGUUCUUUUUCCAAAAUCUAAAUUUUUAACUCCUGGCUUGACUAAUAUUGUUCUUGUUUGUUUAAAAAUAAUAUAUAAUAUAACAAUUUCAGAAAUUCAAAAGCCUCUCUUGUAUUAAGUUGGAAUACGAUAUCAUGUCGGACGAAUUGGCCAAAACAUGGGUCAGAGGAUGUCCAAAUCUCUCG